AUGCCCACCAAAGAAGUUUUCGACCAGUGGGAAGCUGUUUCCCCUACUGCUAAAGGCGAAGGUCCUCUUCAAGGCACAACAAACCCUGCCCAUUCUUUAGUCUCGGCACAUGAGUGUUUCGCCGCACGGCCCAACGCCGAGGGGUGCGAACACCCCUACCACGAUGGACGUCUUGGACCUGAACAAGAUCGUGUUCGAAACAGUGGUGCCCGUACGCCCAACUCCAUUCACGCCGAUAUCGUCGCACAGAUAGAAGCGAAGCGAGAGCGAAAGGAGUCGGAAGCUGCCGAGAACAAAAAGAAACAAGCCGAGCAAGCGAGAAAAUCAACGUAA